AUGGCUCGGAUGCUGCUGGAAUGCAGUCUCAGUGACAAGUUGUGUGUUAUCCAGGAGAAGCAGUAUGAAGUGAUCAUUGUCCCAGCUCUUCUGGUUGGUGCUUUCCUUAUCAUUCUUGCAGUCAUCUUAUGGCUUUUUAUCAGAGGACAAAGAACCCAACAGCAGUGUCCUGGACCCCGAGGAGUUGCACCUGUGCUUCCAUUGAGGAGCCUAAGCAGGGAAGCAGCAGGACAUGGAGGAGAAGUGUUUGUGCCACUUGAGGAGACAUCCAUGGAGAGCUUUCUACAAGCUUCUGCACCUUCCCUGGCUAAGCUGCAGGUGCCCCGGGAACAACUCUCUGAGGUCCUGGAGCAGAUCCAUAAUGGCACUUGUGGGGUCAUUUAUCGAGCCAACAUGAACACUGGGGACCCAGCUAAGUCCAAGAGUGUUGUCCUCAAGACCUUAAAAGAACCAGCUGGGCUACAUGAGGUACAAGACUUCAUAGGGCGAAUCCAAUUCUAUCAGCACCUGGGGAAACACAAGAACCUGGUACAGCUGGAAGGCUGCUGCACAGAAAGUCUGCCUCUCUAUAUGGUGCUGGAGGAUGUGGCCCAGGGGGACCUGCUCAGCUUUCUCUGGACCUGUCGCCGGGAUGUGAUGACCAUGGAUGGUCUACUCUAUGAUCUCACUGAAAAACAAAUAUAUCACAUUGGAAAACAGGUCCUUUUGGCUCUGGAAUUCCUGCAGGAUAAGCAUCUGUUCCAUGGGGAUGUGGCAGCCAGGAAUAUUCUAAUCCAAAGUGAUCUGACUGCUAAACUCUGUGGACUGGGUUUGGCUUAUGAAGUCCAUGCCCGAGGGGCCAUCUCCCCUGCUCGGGCCAUACCUCUCAAGUGGCUUGCCCCAGAGCGUCUUCUCCUGAGACCUGCUGGCAUCAGAGGAGACAUCUGGUCCUUUGGGAUCCUGCUGUAUGAGAUGGUGACUCUAGGGGCACCACCUUAUCCUGAAGUCCCUCCUACCAGCAUCCUACAGUAUCUUCAGAGAAGGAAAAUUAUGAAGAGACCCAGUAGCUGCACACAUAUCAUGUAUAAUAUUAUGAAGUCCUGUUGGCGCUGGAACGAGGAUGGCCGCCCUUUACCCCGAGAACUGCGCUUGCGCCUCGAGGCCUCUUUGAAGUCUGCGGAUGACAAGGCUGUGUUGCAAGUACCAGAGUUAGUGGUGCCUGAACUAUAUGCAGCUGUCGCUGGCAUCAAUGUAGAGAGCCUUUCCUUUAGCUACAGCAUCCUUUGAAGACUCCCCAGCCAAGAACCAUUUAUG